AUGGGUACAGUGGAGGAACAGACUUCGCUGUUGGAAGAUGGACUCCCUCAGCAGGUUCAUGGCACUCAUCUUGUGUCUUUCUUAUUUGAUGCUGCAUUGAAUGAGGAAUGGUCAAGUUUCAAGAAUUUCAUGGUAGAGAACGGAAGGAAUGGACUCUACACAGGAAAUGGCUCCGUCGACAUUAAUGGGAAACCUGCUCUUAAGCAGAAAACUGGAAAUUGGAAAGCAUGCUCUUUCAUAUUGGGAAAUGAAUGCUGUGAACGUUUGGCCUACUGUGGAAUCGCUGCUAAUCUCAUCACUUAUCUUACCAGACAGCUUCAUGAAGGAAAUGCGUCAGCUGCAAGAAAUGUUAACAUUUGGGCAGGAACUUGCUACUUCACGCCCCUCAUUGGAGCCACUUUGGCAGAUGCUUAUUGGGGAAGAUAUUGGACAAUUGCCACUUUCUCCACAAUUUACUUCAUUGGAAUGUGUAUGUUGACUCUCUCAGUAUCUAUUCCUGCAUUAAAGCCAGCUGAAUGCGUAGGUUCUCAAUGCCCUCCAGCAACUCUGGCACAGCAUGCAGUAUUCUUUUUUGGUCUCUAUCUGAUUGCACUUGGGAUGGGUGGCAUCAAGCCAUGUGUUUCAUCCUUUGGGGCAGAUCAGUUUGAUGACACUGAUCCUAAGGAACGGAUUUCAGAGUUCUGGGGGAGCCCUUUUACAAGAAUGUGCCAAGUUGUGGUUGCGUCAUUCCAUAAGUGGAAUCUGGAGGUCCCCCAAGACAGUAGUCUCCUAUAUGAAACACAAGAAAAACACUCCACCAUUGAAGGAAGCCGGAAACUGGUGCACAGCAAUGACUUUAAGUUCCUUGAUAAAGCUGCUGUACUGUCAGAAGCUGAGAUAAAAAGUGGGGAUUUUGCUGAUCCAUGGAGGCUUUGUACUGUGACUCAGGUAGAGGAAUUGAAGAUUUUGAUCCGCAUGUUUCCAAUCUGGGCUACAGGCAUAGUCUUUUCUGCUGUCUAUGCCCAAAUGGACACAAUGUUUGUGGAACAAGGGAUGCUGAUGGACAAGCAAAUUGGUUCUUUCACCAUCCCUCCUGCUUCUAUGUCAACAAUUGUUGUUAUUAGUGUCAUUUGCUUGGUUCCAAUCUAUGAUAGGAUCAUUAUUCCAAUUGCAAGGAAGUUCACUGGGAAAGAGAGGGGCUUUUCAGAGUUGCAGCGCAUGGGAAUCGGCUUGUUCAUUUUGAUGCUAUCAAUGACAGCUGCUGCUUUGGUAGAGAUUAAGCGCUUGGAGCUGGUAAAAGAGCUUGGGUUGGUUGGUGAUGCUGUUGCAGUGCCGCUUAGUAUCUUUUGGCUAAUUCCCCAGUAUAUGUUGAUAGGAACAGCAGGGACUUUUACACUCAUUGGUCAGCUUGAAUUUUUCUAUGAACAGUCUCCAGAUGCCAUGCGGAGUCUAUGCAGUGCAUUGUCACUUCUGACUACAUCUUUGGGUAAUUACCUGAGCUCUUUUAUUCUGACUAUGGUUACUUACUUCACAAGCACGGGUGGGAAGACAGGAUGGAUACCAGAUAACUUGAAUAAAGGACACCUUGAUUAUUUAUUCUGGCUUUUUGUUGGGCUCAGUUUCCUCAACAUGCUGAUCUACAUUGUCUGUGCCAAAAGAUAUAAAGAGAAGAAGGCCUCUUUAAGGUUUUAG